GAAGGAAAAUUUUCGGAGAACGGUGGAUGCGGCUAUGUGCUGAAACCGUCAAUAAUGCGAGAGGGGCUUUAUUCAUUUGGUGACAAAGUACCGUUCCCGCCUCAGAUACUUCAUUUGCGUAUUUUGUCCGGACAGCAACUACCUCGGCCAAGAGGAUCAACAGCAAAAGGAGAUUCUGCCGAUCCUUAUGUCAUUGUGGAAGUUUUUGGUAUUCCAAGUGAUUGCGCAGAAGAAAGAACAAAGACUGUAAAAAAUGAUAGCACAAAUCCGUCGUUCGAUGAGUCGUUUCAGUUUGAGAUCACAAUCCCGGAAAUGGCACUGAUUCGAUUUUUGGUGCUUGAUGAUGACUUCAUUGACGACGACUUCAUUGGCCAGUAUACCAUCCCAUUCGAGUGCUUGCAGAGUGGUCAGUUUUUGGUUGAAAAUAACUGCUCUGAGGCAUGGGGACAUAAAUAUGCACUGGCAUAA